CAGAAUCAGAACCUUUAAACUGCAUAUAUUUAAACAUGAAAGGUUACUGUCCCACAGUGUGAUAAAGAAUCUCUUUAGCAUGUGAAAGUGAAAUUAAUUUGAUUGAUUGAAGAACUAUUCCUGCAGCUAAAAGACUUUACUGAGUUUUACAGCGUCCUGAUUAUUAAACAGCGACUUUUACAUCAUUUCUUAGCCAGACGGGUUGGAAAAGUGGCGUUUUAUGACCUAGUUUGCCUGCAGCGGUGGCAUCUGGUGAAUCAUAUAAGUACUUCCUAAUUCCUGAUCAAGAAAAGUGAAAGGAAAACGUCCAGCCGGCGUUUGUUUUUUUGUUUUUUUUGUUUUUUUGUUCUUUUUACUAUCCUAUGGAUUAACACAGAGAGAAACGAUCCCAAAAGAAGCGGACACAAUGAACUAGUACCAUACAGGUGCCCCCCCCCCUUGAAGCUGCUCACACUCAGCAUGAUGUGAUGUGGUGGAGAGAGGAACAGGAAAAUAACAGCACAAAGAUGCUGAACAGCUGAUGGAGUUUCUCAUCAGUGGAGACUUUGAGGCUGAUGUAUGAGUGAAGCUGGUUCAGUCUGCAGGACACACACAAGCCGUGAAACAUGGCCUCUGCAUCACAGUCUGCUGAAGGUUAUAUCGGAAGUGCAAGACGCCACCUUGUGGGCGAAUUAAAGAAUCUAUCUGUGAUUUUAGAGAACUUAUAUCAGCGAGGAGUUCUCUGUGAUGAAGAGGUCAGUAAAAUACAGGCAGAGAAGGACGACUACGACAAAACCAGAAAAAUACUGGACUCAGUCACAAAAAAAGGGGAAAAAGCCUGCUAUGAGUUCCUCAAAAUUAUUGACAUGACAAGGAAGAGGACUUUGGAGAGACCACCUCUUCAUCCUGGCACCAAGACGUUUGACCUGCAUCACUGGAUCAGCUGCUUUUCCUUCAAGGAAGACACACAAAUGAAUGCAAACUAUUUACAAGGACCACGGCCGUGCCACAGAUAUCAGGAAAAGUUAAAGUCAAAUGCAAAAGAGAUGUCAAAAAAGUUUUGGGGAGAAAGUAAAAAGCUGUUUGGAGGAAAGAAGAAGCCUGAUCUGUCGUACGCAACACUUGUAUUAGACACAGACGAAAGUGUUUCUCCGUCUAAAAUAAAGAAAGUGAAGAAAAAGAAAAGCAAGCUGAGUCGCCCUAAAAAGAUGAGAAAAUACAUCCCUGAGGAGAAACCAGACAUUUCCCCCAGUGAGCUGCUGGAAACCGAUAAAAACAUUCUCUUGGUUGGAAAACCUGGAAUUGGAAAGACAGCACUGACUCAUGAAAUGUUGAGACUCUGGGCAGAAAGAGAAAGCAAAGAGCUCGAUUACAUGUUUUACUUUUGCAUGAGGGAAACAUCUGACAUCAUAAGGGCCAAAAACUUAGAGGAACUUCUUUUUGGUGUGUUCUGUGAACCUGAUGAAGGCAAAGAUGAGGUCUUACAGGAUAUAAAGAGACACUCUGACAAUGUCAUAAUAAUUUUUGAUGGGAUCACAGAUCUCUCCUCACAGGUGGUCAAGAAAGUUUUAACAAAGAAACUACUUCCUCUUGCAAAGAUCAUCAUAACAUGCAGACCAGAUGAUGAGGAUGAAGACUUCCUUUCUGGGGACUUUGACAGAAUGGAAGUGAAAGGCUUUAGUGAGCAGACUAUAAAAACAUACUUAUCUGCAACACUCGGUGAAGAUCAGAAGAAAGUUUUGAGUAACUUGGAGUUGGUAACACUUUGUCAUGUCCCCAUGUAUGCACUGAUGAUAGCUGCUUGCUUUAAAUCAGAUGACUCUCCACAGCCGUGUACAGUAACUGAGAUCUACAUCAAUAUUGUUCGAUUCUGCCUUCAGAUAAACAGCAAAACAAAGAACAAAGAUCUAAAUUCGUUCAUCAGCACCAAGAAAGAAGAAAUUCUGUCUCUGGCUGAAGUUGCUUUUCUUGCAACUCAACAAAAAUCUGUGAACCUGACAAACCUGCCCUGUAAAGACAGCUGUGUCCUGUCCUUCCUGAAACCACUUCUCAUUAAGGAGGCCGUGACUGAAACAAUAACCACACAUGCAUUUCUCCAUUACACAGUGCAGGAGUUUUUUGCAGCACUGUGGAUCCUGAAGAAUCCUGAUAAAAUCAGAGAUGUUUUUCAGCAGUGCCUCACAGAGGAGAAGAAACACAUGAAACAUCUGAUCCCCUUCAUGUGUCGACUGUUGAAUGAGAAGAGCCCAAGUUUGAUGAAGCAUCUGAUUCCAGAUCAGGACCUGAAGAAUACAUCUAACUGGUUCUUCAAGGAGCUGAUAAACACAUUUCUUCCUCAUCUGUGUGAGCAAGAAGAGGCUGAUACUGAGGACAGUGGGCUCCAUGUUGACAUACUGUUCUUAUGCCAGUGCUUGUAUGAGUCCCAGAGUCCUGAAGCAUGCGUCUACUUUCUAAACAAGCUAAAAUACCGCCUUGACCUCAGUGGAGAGAGUCUGGAUACUUACCCUUGCUGUGCUGUGGCCUAUGUGGUCACUCAGUCAGAGAAAAAGAAAAUAUGUCUGAACCUCGAGGAUGUUGUGAUAUCAGAACAAGGAAUGAGACAGCUGUUUGAAUGCUUUAAAAAUGUUCAGUGGUCUGACCCUCUGCCUCAACAGCUUUGGGAGAUUUUUCUUAUCAAUGAAGAGCAGAUGAACUUUGUAAGCUUACUCAGCCUAGAUGGAAACCUUCACCUUCUAGUUGAUGGUGAAAAGAAGCUUUUUGAAAGAGCUGUGGAAAUCAUGCAGAGGAUGCCUACAAAGGUUAAUGUGUGCCUCCACUGGGACAAGGAAACUCCUGCCUGUCACAGUCAGUGUGAGUCUCUGUUAAAGGCUUUGCCGUUCAUCAGCUCACUCAGCUUCAGAGGUCCAGUUUCAUGGAGGCAGGAGAAAUACCAUGGGACACUGGAGAGGGAGCAGAAGAGGCUAUUCAUGGAUUUAUGCCUGAAAGCAGCACUUCAAUAUAAAGAAAAAAACAAACAUAUACUGAAGAGGCUCCUCCUAUUGUUUCCAGUUAAAACAGACAUAGACAACAUCUUUCUUGAUUUGUUUGAACAUGUGAAAGAGUUUUCAAGUAACUUUAAAAUGGCUUUGAAGCCAUUUUUCCAGUCAGCUCCUGCAGUCUGGUCCAUAAACCUCUCAGAGAGAAAGACCUCCAUCCUCCUGGAAGUGCUGAAACUCCAACCAGAGAAGAAACAAGUGGAGCUGACAGGCUGCUCACAUGAAGAGAGUGAAGUGAGGAGUUUCCUGCAGUGUCUGCCUUAUAUCUCACAGCUCAGUGUCGUUUCUGACUUCUCAGAAUCUUCAGAAGAAAUCAGGUUCAUUGGCAAUCUGAUCUAUGCAGCUGCAGAGAGAAAACAGUGGACAGGAGAGAAGAUACUGGAACUGUUAUCAACAGUGUGCACAUACAAAGGAUUUCCUCUUAGAGAAAUACUGUGUGAUUUCCUACUUGACCUUUACUCCAGUGAAUCUGAAAUGGCCCUGAGGGUUCUUCCAUCAUUACAGUCAGUAUUUUCAGCUCCUGCAGUCUGGUCCAUAAACCUCUCAGAGAGAAAGACCUCCAUCCUCCUGGAAGUGCUGAAACUCCAACCAGAGAAGAAACAAGUGGAGCUGACAGGCUGCUCACAUGAAGAGAGUGAAGUACUGAUUUUACUUCAGUGUCUGCCUUAUAUCUCACAGCUCAGGUAAAUGAAUGCUAUUUUUGUCAUUUAUGUCAGAAGUGUCAAAUUAAUUUUACAAUGCGGGCCACAUACUGGCCACUUUGGUCUUAAGUGGGCUGGACCAAUGAAACUCCCCUUUGUGUAAGAAUAAAGACGUUACUCAUUCAGUACAACUUUAGAUAUACAAUAGAAAUCAAAACAACAGUUGCAUCAAGGCCCUUUAUAUUUUAAGGUAGACCCUACAAUAAUACAUACAGAG